AAUAAAAUCUUGAAGAAAAUGAAAUAUUUAUUAUUAUUUGUUGCACUUUUCGCAUUUGUUGUUGCGCGUCCUGAGGUGGAAAUUAUUCGUUCGGAAUCCGAUGUGCAGCCCGAUCACUACACCUUCGAUUUGGAGACCAGUGAUGGCACAAGCAGACACGAAGAGGGUGUUGUGAAGGAUGCUGGCACCGAUCACGCUUCGAUUAGCGUGCAGGGUUCAUACAGCUACAAGGAUGAGACUGAUGGCAAACAAUACUCCGUCAGUUAUAUAGCUGAUGAGAAUGGUUUCCAACCUACCGGUGAACAUUUGCCACCAUUGCCAUCCAUCGAACACUAAGCAAUAAAAAAUUUUGGAAUUGAAAAAGCAAAGCGAAUCAACUUAAAUUAAUCACUGAAAUAAUUUUUUAGUAUUUUAAUGUAUUUUAAUCAAUGAAACACCACUAGACAGCAUCACAAAGUGCAAUAAAAGUA